UUAACCGUAAAAGAAAGACGAUGACUUCAAUGUGUACAUAAAUGAAACUAUAAGCUUAUUGAAAUUAAUUUAUAUUGCAUUUGUUGCAUGUAAAACAUAGCAAAAAUUCGAAAUGUUACAUAAAAAGAAAGAAGUGCUACAAAAUAUAUGUUAAUUAAAAUGUAAGGCGAUGUAACACAAAAUUAUUACAGUAAAUAUGGAAGAGAGUGAUAAAGAGGAUAAGCAGAUGAAAAAGAAUGGAUUAUCAGAAGCGAGAGCAACGGGUAGCAAAUAUCAAGAGAAUGGCCCGACGGAUAAAGACAACAAAAAUGAUAAAGAUUCGCUUGAUUUUCUUCAUUUGUCUUCUUGUCGUGCAGUUGAUGGCAACAAGGAAAAGUUCUCGUCAUUUUGCGGUACUACAGCAAUCAAUGCAUCGGCCGGUAGUUCGUCUUCGGCCAAAUGCGGCAAAGUCUCUGGAGAUAUAUCAGAUAAAAGCGAAAGUGAUGCUAUUAAGCAGAGUGUUAGCGCUAUCAGCCAUGCGACAAUGGGCACACCUUCUAAAGAAUUGCUCAAAACUAAGGAACCUAUACGAGUGGGAUUUUACGAUAUUGAAAGAACGAUUGGUAAAGGAAAUUUUGCGGUGGUCAAAUUGGCUCGUCAUCGUAUCACCAAAAAUGAGGUGGCUAUAAAAAUCAUCGAUAAAUCUCAGCUGGAUGCAACUAACCUGCAGAAGGUUUAUCGUGAAGUCGAAAUCAUGAAACGUCUUAAUCAUCCCCAUAUUAUUAAAUUAUAUCAGGUAAUGGAAACAAAGAAUAUGAUUUAUAUAGUUUCAGAGUACGCUAGUCAAGGCGAAAUUUUCGAUUACAUCGCGAAGUAUGGACGUAUGUCUGAGACUGCUGCGCGAUUUAAAUUUUGGCAAAUUCUCUCAGCUGUGGAUUAUUGCCAUAAAAAGGGAAUUGUCCACAGAGAUCUUAAGGCUGAAAAUCUUUUAUUGGACAAUAAUAUGAAUAUAAAAAUUGCCGAUUUCGGUUUUUCUAAUCAUUUUAAAAAGGGUGAGCUUUUAGCAACUUGGUGUGGCUCACCACCAUAUGCGGCCCCGGAAGUAUUUGAAGGAAAACAAUAUACCGGACCCGAAAUUGAUAUAUGGUCAUUGGGUGUAGUUCUCUAUGUGCUUGUUUGUGGCGCGUUGCCCUUUGACGGCUCCACAUUGCAAAGUUUACGUGAUCGUGUGCUAUCUGGACGUUUCCGAAUACCAUUUUUUAUGUCCUCCGAAUGUGAACAUUUAAUACGGCGCAUGUUAGUGUUGGAACCCACACGCCGUUAUAGCAUUGAACAAAUUAAACGUCACCGGUGGAUGUGUCCAGAAAUAUUGGAAUUGUCGAAUAUAGCUAAAUUUAAUGUCAAUAUGGAUGGAACGACAAAUAUUGAGCCGAACGAAGAUAUUUUGCGAGUAAUGUCCGAAUUUGCGGGCAUACCACCAGAAAAGACUAAAGCGAGCCUAAAGAAAAACAGUUAUGAUCAUGUCGCUGCCAUUUACUUAUUACUGCAAGAUCGAGUUUGUAAUAAGAAAAUAACUCAGGAGAAACAUUUGGUUGGUUCCACAUUAACACUUAACAAUACCGCCGUUUGUAGCACAUCACUGCCGAAACAUACCAGCGUCACAAAGCCGCCCGGCUUAACGGCAGCUUUAUCUACCACCUCAACUGUUUCUUCUGCUGCUUCGCGUUACACAUCGAAAGUUUUAUAUAAACAGCAUAGAGCACCAACAUCAAUCGAACAUAAACGCUUAAAAUCUAAUCAUCUUAUGCAAAAUAAUGCUAUCGCUGAUCAUGCUACAACAACAGCAGCAGCAGGUACUAGCUUAGCUAAAGACUAUCAAACGCUCUCAACCAAGUUGAGUCGUCAAACUCUGUUAAAUGAACGUAGUGCAAUGCUUACGGAUGAUCAUGUUAAGCAUUUGAUGGCCGGAUCUAAUGAAGAUUACGCAACACGCUGCAAUACUGAGAAAGUAUCACGUUUAAGUCGCCAUAAUUUAUGCACUAGCCAGAGACCCAUUGGUUGUUCAACUUAUAAUAUAGACAAUAAUAAAUUAUCGAUAUCGAAUCUAAACUGCCGUGAUAUACUUGCAUCGCAACAGCGUCUAAAUGGUGGGCCCGCUUUACGCGCCGACGAUAAACGAUGUUUGCGCGCAGCUGGAGCACUGCAACACUACAACAAUAUUGAAGAGAGUAUACUUAAGCAAAGUUCAGAAGACUGCCGCCUCUUGUUGCAAAAGGCCACUGCCAUAUCAGAAACUAAAAAUCACAAACACCCUACGACGAUUACAGCAACAAUAACGAACGAAGAGAAACGCCAAAAAUCCGAUAAUCCGGCGAAGGUCAAUGAUUAUAAAACUCUUUCAAGUUCGACUAGUUUCGAUUCUUCCUCAUCGAUGUUGGGUCAAAAUCUUACAUUUCGUUUCAAGAUGUCGGCUGAGGCCACAAAACUUUUCCAGACAUUACAAGAAAGCCCACUACCACUGGAGAAACCAGAUUUUAAGGAAACCACCAAAUCUAAGACGAAUUCGGCCACCACUACUACAACAAGUGAUCAUAAAAUUGCAUCAAGUGAUAAAGAGAACAUGAAGACUACUAUCGAAAUGUAUAACAGUUCCAAUGGAAGCGAGAAAUCAACAACGAAUGGCUCAGGCAAGAAAGUAACCAAUCAAAGCAGCUCAACCAGUACAGAUGAAGGUUGUGAAACAGAUAUAGGCAACGAUACAAAAGUGCGCCCCUUUCUUUCCACACGCACAACCGCAGAUACAUCACAAUCUUCCAAUGAUUUAAGAAAUCAACGCAUUCAGUCAUUUGCGAGCAGUAGUUCCUCAAGCGGUGUCAUCGGUAGCUAUUCGAAAAGCUUAAGUCAAAAUUUGAGCCGUGGUUCGUCAAAAAGCAAUUGUUCAACAUUCGAAAGCAUUGAUUUCAAUUUGGUAACCAGCAUCGAUAUUGCUGGCAGUUUACCUUCUUGUGCCAGCAAUUCGACCUUAGCCGCAGCGGUUUCCGGGGGCACAUCUGACCACUCGUCAGAGAGAUCGGUAUACAAUAGCAAUAAUUCCUGCAUGUAUAUGUCACCAUCCGUAACUAGUACAACGUCUAUGUUAUCAACAAAAUCGAAUCCUUACACCGAUAAACGUUCGCCUAUACAUUUUAGAGAAGGUCGGAGAGCUAGUGAUGGCUUAGUGGCUCAAGGUUUAACGGGAGCGGCUGGUCCAUUACAUAAUGGCUCCUCAUACGGCAGCUAUCGUUACGAUAUCCAUAAACGUAAUGGCUGGCUUGAAUUACAACAACUGCAAAGAGAGGCUUUAACCUUAAAAAAUAAAUUCAGAUCCAAUUUGCCAUUGGAUGAAUUAAAUAAUUGUCAAUUUCAACAUAGUCAAUUUUAUACUUUGUCUAAUCGAUUGCCACUAGAACUGCAGCAAGCGUACGCUCAACAUCAACAUUUGGAAAACUACACUGAUAAAAAUGGCGCUUUACAUCCCUCACUAAUACAUUAUCUACGGUUCGACGGUGGUGGUAAUUCUUAUGUGGGUAGCUUGCCGCGACAUGAAGGUAUGCUUUAUCAUCAGCUAAGCACCACGGCGAUGGUGCCGUUGCAAAAGCCGCCGCUGCAGCAGCAAUUGUUACAACAUCGUCUUUUGCAGCAGAAGCGUCAACUUUUCCAAAAGCAAUAUGCAUUAGAAACGCAUUUAACGCGUCAACAACAUAUUUUAAGGGAUCAUGCGUAUAAAAUGGCUACUCAUCCUCCUACUUUGAUACCAGUUAGUCCAAUGACAGCGCCACCGCCCACACCUCCACAGGCGUCAACGCCAUUGGUUUCUAAUUUAGGGCAUAAUGAGGACUACGUAGAUUUAAGUUUAAUGGAAAGCAAUGGCAAGCAUCAGCCUCAUCAUCAUCAUCAUCAUCAUCAUCAUCAUCAUAAUACCCCGCUGACACCGGUGGGGGCGUACACGCAUCAUAUGGGUGCGGUAAACAGUUUUAUGAAAACCACCUAUAUUAAGCAACAAUCGGCGGAUGUGGCAUUGUUAGCAAUGCCGCGUAGUAAAAGCCCCAGCAUGAAUCGGCAAAUGUCCGAGACGUGGGGAUCGUCGGUGGUUCACAAAAAGAUUUCUCCCGUUAAAUUGGAGAACGGAGGUGGCCGUGGCUCGACACCGAGUUCACCAGCGCCAGCCACACCAUCGCAUGCAUACCAUGUAAUUGUUAACUCUCCGUUGUUAUUUUAUCGCAACUACUAAAAAAAAACGUAACGUAAAGUUUAACGUUUUAUUCCUCUCUUUCUCUCUCUCUCUCUCUCUCUCUCUCUUUCUCUCUCUCUCUUUUCCCAAUCUUUCUUUUGUUUUUUUCUUUUUCUUUCGAUUUCUUGAUUGCUUGCAUUUAGCCAACGGCACCGUCAUCAUCAUUGCAAACAUCAUCGUCCACUUGUACAUCAUCGAGCACUCCAUCAUCAUCCAGCGCACUAUCAUCGUCGUCCACUACCACAACUCUCUAUGCACCGAAUUGGCAAACUGUUGUUAUAAAACCGCUUAGCGAAAGUCCCAUUCUCGAAUUGGCCGAGCAUCUGGAAACUGCUUAAAAUUAUUUGCACAAUCCUUUAAAAACACAAUACCUUGCACAGUAGUAAAUCAUAUAUUUAUACA